CAAAAUUGCAAGGAAGGUCACCUUCUCAUCCGGCAGCAUGUCCUCGUAUGCAGUCAUGAAUGAAAACUGGAUGAUCCUUUCAUGGGUGAUGGUGCAGUCCGAGUCGGAGAAGUCCCUGCAGCCCUUGUACGAGGGACUGGCACAGCGCUACGGCACAGCAGGCAUCGACAAGGCUCUAUACCACUGGGUGGACAGGGAUUGCUGUGCAGCAUUCAAAGUGGCAGAAUCCCAUGCAGGAGAGCAUCUGAACUGGGAUUCUUGGCAAACAACUGAUGCCAUCGUUGCCCAGGCCACGUCUGGUAACCUGCUGAACACGUGUGCAUCGCGGUCCCAUUUCAAUGGGAACUUGAGCAUCAAGCUGGACUUGUUCCAUUGCAUGAGGAGGUUCCUGCGUGAGUGUGUGACGGAGCAUCAUGCACUCUAUAGCUCUUUUGCUCAGUUCCUGUCUGCAGCCUUUUCUGUGGUGGAUCAGGAAGACCUGCAGCAGCUUAAAGACGCCUAUGCCUUCUGUGGGAUUCAGCCUGCCAACCCAACCAAGCCACACAUCAGGGAGCACUGCAGGACCAGGAUCACAGAGCCCGAGGAGCUCGUCAAGCGAGUGGAGGGAGUGUUCCAGCAGUUUCACCUGGCCAGUGAUCCAAAUGGCGUUCCCCUCUUCAAGCCCUCUAUGCUGAAGGUGUGGCGGAUCCAGCGCGUGCACAUCCUGCGAGGUUGCCUGAGUGAUCCUGUGGUUGAAGGAGGGAUUCUGUAUCGGCGCGGAGGAUCAGUGCAGCUGAAUCACGUGCAGGGUGAAGGGGCCAGAGUUCCUGUGUGGAUCCCCAUCAGAGGCACAUCCCAGCAGGAGGGAUAUCACUUCCACCAGGCUCAGUGGGUGACUGGAACACGAGUUUCCUGAGCUGUUUCAA